GGGGCUGUCCCUUUAAGAGGGGGACGCCGCGCUGCCUGGCGGUGCUCGGGCGGGCGGGACGGCGGCGAUGGCGCUGAACAGAGCGGGCGACCUGGGCGGCUGCAGUGCAUUGAUGUCUCAGGAUCAUGUGGAGCUGUCAUUCAGUGAUGUGAGCAACAACUUGGAAGCUUUCAGAGGCUCGAGGAAGGGAACUGUUUACCUGAUGCCGUACCAACUGACCUUUGUGGCAAAAGAUAGCAGAGAAGCACUGAAAUCAUUCACAAUGCCGUUUUACUUGAUGAAGGGCUGUGAAAUCAAGCAGCCAGUGCUUGGGGCAAACUACAUCAAAGGCACCAUCAAUGCCGAGCCAAAUGGAGGAUGGGAAGGUUCUGCAACCUUCAAACUUACCUUCAUCAAUGGAGGAGCCAUUGAAUUUGGACAGCUGAUGUUUCGGACAGCGCAGCAGGCUUCGAGAGGCACAGUCCCACCAGAUGUAUACUGCUACCCUUUCAUGCCAAACAGUGUAGGUGGAAUGGCAUCACCCAUGUAUCCCCCAGCACCAUCUGCAGUCUUUGCUUACCCACCCCCACCUCCAGUGGGAUUUUACCCAGGACCACCAUCCAGAGAGGGUACAAUGAACUACAUGCCCCCACCUCCUUAUCCAGGACCAAUGACUCUUCCAGCAGGAGAUGUAGGGCAACAAACAUCUGCAGCAGCAGUAAAUUCUGCAGAAGGGGAUGGAGGUGUGAACAGGAGGCAGCCAAACCCUCCUAUUACGCCAGUGCCCAUGGAGCAGCCCCCUCCAUACUCGCAACACGCUGAGAAGCAGUGACAGUGGGGUAACGAGCCAGUAACUGCAAUGUAUUGAUGCACAACGUGCCCCUUCCACACUACUCUCAACCCUUACCAGUAGCUGUUUAACCGAGACCACAUUUCCCAGAUCACAGGACAGUGACUAAUCUGCCUCCCUCUGCCAGUGCACUCCAGACCCCAGCCACUCGCUUUGUAAAUAAGACUUUACCACAUGUAAUUUUUAGUUCUUUUGCCAAUCAUUUUCAUUAUGUCCCUUGGUUCUUGACCCCUUCAACAAUGGGAGCAGUUUUCUUUAACUGCUAUUUCUGCAUCCUUUAUGAUUUUAAAUGCUUCAAUCGGAUUCCCUUAUCACUUCCUCUGUCCCAAAUAGACAGGGAGACCAGUCGUCGUGGCUAUCCCUCGAGGUCAAGGAUGAUGGUCUUUGUUCCGUUGAUCUAUUUAUAGGCUCUCAAGUGGCUUAUGAGUCCAAUCUUGGCCCUGAAAGUCCUUCCGCAUUCAGGACAGGUAGUUCCAGAUGGCAGAUGCCAGUAUGGUUUAUUUGAACAUUGUCACUACACUGCAACACCUCUGAAGGACUCUGCAAAACAGCAUGUAUAGCCAGUCUCCCCACCACCCCAUCCCCCAAAGAACAUUCUCAUGUGUAUCUUUGGUGUGCUGGCAACCAGUGAGUGAAGCAACUUUCCCCAGACCAAUGAAGCAAAACAAACUGACUGGAAACAAAACGGCUUCUGCAGAUACAGCAAGCAAAGGAGUGUGGAGACGAGCAAAGGAUAAACUUUGAAGUUACUGUUCCCAUCACUGAACUUCACUUGUGGGAGCCAGGGUUGGAAUCUCCGUGUUUUCCCGUGCUACGCAAAUCUCUGCACCAGGAGCUACGCUAAAGUAAAGAUCUAGCCAAAUGAGCAAUCUCGUAACUAUAGGCUGAUAUUCAGAGAGCCUAAUUUCAGAGUUGCUUAGAAUCUUCAAGAUGCUGUUGCCCUGUUCUUAUUUUUACCUCUAGGCUACCUAUUGCCAGCACACUGCUGUCUGUUCUACCCUCAAACCCACUCACCACAGCACAGGAAGAGCUUGCAUUCCUGUUUAGCCUUGCAUAGAACAUCCCAAAGUGCUGUACAGCCAAUUAACGUAAUAAUGGAGGAAAAGCUGCAGCCAGUUUAUGCACAGUGAGCUCCCAAAGAGAGAUGAGACACGAGUUUUAGUGAUCAUAGUAAAUAGAUAAAUGUUGCCAUGUUACUAUAAGUCAUUUGGUCUUGCCAACAGUGCCAUGAGGUGUUUGACAUUAGUAUGUUAGUGCAGAUGAUAACACUGUUUCAUGUAUUUUUGGAUGUGAGUGCAGUGGGCUCUUUAAGGCCAUGCUUCAAGCCGAGUUGUACCUCGGGAGUGGGCUUGUUGGGGCAGUCCCAUUGUGGGGCAACACAGUGCCAGAUCUGCAAGGGUUACCGAAACUGUAUCUCUGGAUUCUGCAGCAGUGCAACAUCAGUGAUGAAUCUUCACACGCCUUCUUUUGUUGGUUGGUGUUACAGACCUACAGAUAUGUUAUAACUGGGCUUGCAGGCAAAAGAGUGAUGGGUUUGUUGGUCUAAUGUGUCAGAACACUGAAUGUAAAUGAAGGGAUGUUCUGUGAUGUAUGUCCUUGGGCCACUUUCCCAACGAUUAUUUGAGCUGACAGAGGAUAUUUUCAAGAAUGGGACCAGGGACCAGUUGUAUGGAGAGACUGGAGAAAUUGGGAAUACUCUUCAGGAUCAAGAGGUGGGGAUUUAAUGGAGGUGUUUAGAUAGGGUCAAUAGGGAGUUGCUGCUUCCUGUGCCAGAAUGGUUGGCCGCCACAAGUCUCGGCCAAAGAACCAAGAGGAAGAGGGAACAGAUUUUCAGACAACCUGAAAGUGGAGGAGCAGAUUAAAUAAUUAUCAAAAGGAAAUUAAAUAUAAAUGUGAAGGCAGAAAAAGACCAGGGCUGUGGAAAGGGCAAGUACAGUGGAAGCAAAUGGAAAGGCAUAUGUGGGUGGAAGGGGUUAGAUAGUCUUAGGUGAGGUUUAGAGGUUGGCACAACAUUGUGGGCCGAAGGGCCUGUAUUGUGCUGUACUGUUCUAUGUUCUAAAGUGCUUUCAAUGGGUUGAACAGCCUUUACGUCAGUGAUUCAAUCUUGGGCACACCCAUGCAAAGCUGAUACCAAAUUACUGGGCUACACUGAUCAGCAUGACACUGCUCUGCAGAGCUCACAAUCAUCCAGUGGGGCGACAUCAGUGGAGAGAGAAAUAUGUUCUGGCCAUUGGGCCAUUGACCUUUCGUCAUUGUGGUUGCUCCACUUUUCUGGCAGCUGUCCAUGGAAGCUGACACCCAUACCAGUCCCCUUGCUGAAAUCAGACUUAAAAGAGCAGGGAAGACACUGAUAUUCAAGGACUGUUGAUGAAAAGUAGCCAUUUUUGCACAAAUUUAAAAAGCACUGAUGAAGCCAGGAGAGCAAUGCUAAUGAAGUGAGAAAACUGCUGGAGCCUCAGUGGGUCAGACGGCAUCUGUAGAGGGAAAUGGACAGUCAAUGUUUCGGGUUGAGACCCUUCAACUGGACGGUGUUAAUGUUCCCCCAGUUCGGGAUCAUUGACCUAUAUGAUGUGAAAUGUGUUGUUUUGCAGCAGCAGUACAGUGCAAAGACAAAAUUACUAUAAAUCACAAAAAUAAAUAAAUAGUGCAAAAAAAAAGGAAUAACGAGGUAGUGUUCAUGGACCAUUCAGAAAUCUGACAGCGGAGGGGAAGAAGUUGUUCUUGAAUCAUUGAGUGUGGGUCUUCAGGUUCCUGUACCUCCUCCCUGAUGGUAGUAAUGAGGAGAGGGCAUGUCCUGGAUGGUAAGGGUCCUUAGUGAUGGUUACUGCAAUCAUCCAGAAAGACAAGCAUCCAGAUAACUGCUCUCCUCAAAUGCCUGCAUUGCCAUUAGUACAGGAGCCAGAAGCUUGCACAUAAAAUGUUAAUUAGCCCCAAGUUUGGGGUGACCCUGUGCCUACCUGUCAGACACAGUGCCAGGUCUGGACCAACUAAUAGAUCCAGGUGAACUUUUACUUUAUUUUAUCCCGCACUUUGAGUUCAUGUUCACUGCUUCCCUCCCCAUUGCCCCUCAAAGCUUAUUUAUUUGCAGGUUAUCUCUAUCCCAGCAAAGUGGAAGCUAAUUUAAAUUGCUUAUCAUGGCAGCAACAGAAUAAGAGACAAAAAGAAGCAGGAAUGGGCUGAUUCAGCAAUGGUCAAAGUGAAUGGCGUGUAACUCCAUGCCCACGGACAGUUUAUCCCAGCUCAGUGAGAUUAUCUCACUGGUCUGGCGGAAGGUGGGAGAAUAUUGUACCGUUUUAACUGCUGAAAAUGUGAAAUUGGAGUCUGCAAAAAUAUAGAAUAAAGUGGACUGAGAUUGAGUUGAUGAACUGCCUACUGACUAUAAUUGGGCCGUGUUGAAUCUAGCUGCUGCUGCCACUCGCAGGGAUGAGUUUCCCCAAGGUAUCCAGUACUGCAUCACCGUCAGCAUGGCCAGUGGAUGUACAGCUGAAGCUCAAGCAUUGGGUGAAAGAAAGAUCACCCCAUUUAUGCCCCUUUGCACGCCGUACUAACUCAAUGUAUCUGCACUGUGUAAUGAAUUGGUUUGUAAAAUAAGCUUUUCACUGUACUUCGGUACAAGUGACAAUAAUAAACCAAUACCAAUAUAGAUCACAAA